CCCUCUGAUGCCCCUCCCCCCUCCGCAGUCGCUGCCAUGGGCCCCCCCAGGACCCUUGGCCUUGUCCUCCUCCUGCUCGGGGCAGCGAUGGCCGAGAAAGAGUGCUCGGGGUGGGGGGCGGGGCCGGUGGCCGCGCUCAUCAUCACUGACAUCGCCCUGAGCCUGGCGCUGGCUGGGGCCGCCUUCUGGGCCGGGGGGAGGGGCAGAGCCCCGCCCAGGCCCCGCCCCCCUGAGCAGGACUCCGCCUACCAGGAGCUGCAGGGCGCUCGCGCGGACCUUUACAGCGAGCUCAAGCGCUGAGCCACGCCCCCUCCCCGCCCACCCCGCCAAUAAAUCGCUCCGUUUGGCCGUUUUGCUCCGAUUUGGCCCUCCAAAAAAUAUGUCUUCUUUUUUUUCCC